AUGGUUGUCUUAACAAUAGUUGGAGGUACAAAACUAUUAACUGAGUCAGAAAAGAUCGUGGGAAUCGAUCGAAAGAUCAGGUGUAGCUUUCGUGGAUUUAACUGGAAAGACCACAAUCUCAUUAUAUGCCUUAAUAAUAUCGAGGCAAUAACAUUUGGAAAUGACAUUUAUCGAAAGAGGAAGAUGAUGAGGACCAUUACAACCGUUUUAUCAAAAUCGUUGUUUUCUGAAAUGAAAAAAAGACAGGAAUUAUACCAAAUGAUAACUUUUGUUUUCUUAUCUGCAAUAAAACUAAGGUGUUUUAAGCGCCUAAAAUUCCAAAUUUCUGAUGCCUUUUGCUUCACUUUAAGUAAGUUCUAUAAAAUAUUUGGGAAAAUUGUUCGAUAUUUCAAAAUAAGGAAAGUAGAAAUGAAAGAGGAUAAUUUAUUUCAAUCAAACCGAAUGAGUCAUUUGGUCGCUCAAAAUUGCAUAUCUUCGAUUGAUAAUUUAAACAAAGAAAUAGAUGAAUCCGGUUAUUUGGCUGUCCUGUCUUCUACUUAA